UGCUGCUCACCCUCUCUCUCUCACUCCUCUUGAUGUCGUCGGCUGACCCAGGUAGGUCGCCCACGCUCUUUCCGCCAGAUGACGAAGAGGACACGCCUCGGCGGCCCCGUCGCUCCGUCGUGGAAAAGGCCGACGACGACGACUUUCUGACCUUGCCGGCCUUUCGCAUGCUGUGCCUCUCCCACCCGCUCCUCGAGACCUUCUUCGCCCACGACCUCCCCGCCUCCUUUGCGCUCGAAGAGGUCAGCCGGCGCAGCUACUCGCACGGCGUAUGGCACGAUGCCCCCAGCGCAGCCUCAGCCUCUCCCCUUCCCUCGUCUUCUUCCUCUUCUGACCUCGCCGCCGCCGCCGCCGCCGCCGCCGCCGCAUCGACAUCAUCGACCACAACGACGACGACGAGCAGCGCCAAGAGCCCCACGAGCAGCACGUAUUCCAAAGAUGUGACGACGGGCGUGCGCGGCCGGCUCGGUGGCCUCCUCGGCUCCUUUCUCGGUGACGAGGCCAAAGGGAAAGUCGAUGAGCUGGCCGAUGCGCUCGGCGAGCGACUCUCGACCAAAGUCGUCCGCGGGCCCGUCCCUUCGUUUGCGUCCAACCGGCCCCAGCUGCUGCAGCAGGGCGCGGCUGCAGGCGACAGACGGGCGUCCUCUGCGUCGUUCUCGGCCGCAGGAGGAGGAGGUGCGGGCCCGGGGACACCAUCGACGCCAAGGUCGGCUGGCGGCGGCGGCGGCGGCGGCGGAGGCGUGUACGACAUGGACGAGCUGCGCGAGAUGGACGAGGAGCGGCAGCGCCGCAGACGGCAGCGGCUCCUCGAGGAGGAAGACGAGGACAACCGACGCCAGCAGGGCGCCGUCACGGAUAAAGAAAGGGACAAGGACCGGGCCAAGCGGCAAUCGACGACGACGAUGAUGCUGCGCGGCAUCGACCUGAGCUCCAACGCGGGUGCACAGGAAAGCAUCCGGAUGGCCACAGAGGCCAUCCUCGAGGCAUCUCGAGGCCAGACCUUUGGCGAGGACCAGCCAUUGGCAGGCGCAUCCAAUGGCGCAGACCAUGGACCAGACGACGAAGACGAAGACAUUGCCGCGCUCGAAUGAGAGGUAGACUCUCGUUUCGUGCCGCAUACAUAUACCCUCUUGUUCUCACACUGCCAUCACUACCGCAAUAAACCAACAACCAGCAUUCAAUUGUCCACUGUUUUCAAUGUCAAAUGAGGAAAGAAAGCCAAAUGUCCAAGGUUUGAAUCUAGACUGGUACAAGCAAGGAG